AUGCUUUGGGAAAAAACCUUGAUCGGGUCCUUGUUAGGUCUCGCAGCCACUUCUGCAGCACGUAUCGUGGCAACAGAUGAAGUCCCGCUCAUCGGUCCAGCCUUCCUAACCAACUUUGAUCCUUCCAAUUCCACUUCAAUUGCCCACGCCAAGUCGAAGUUUCCGGGUCUCGUCGACGGCCUCUUCUCGUCCGGCGAGCUCAACAAGACAGAUCUGACAUUCAACAUUGACAUAUUCUCGGCUGCAACAAAUCGCUCUAUCUAUAACUACUCACACGUUGGGGAGGAUGCGAAAAAGGCUCUCACGACUGGGUCGUUUGAUGACCAGACAAUCUCGCGGGUUGGAAGCGUUUCAAAGCUUUACACUGCUUAUGCAAUCAUUGCCAAAGCAGGCAUAGAAGUGUUCAGUCAUCCAGUGACGAAGUACCUCCCCGAGCUUGCCAGCAACUCAUCCAGCAGUCCAUUGAAGAAGAUUCGCUGGGAGGAAAUCACUGUUGGCGCGCUGGCAUCUCAUCAGGCUGGCUCUGGCGGUGGCGCAGAUUUCCUGCUCAAGUACGCCAACCCUGAAGACCCAGCUGAUUACAAAACCGAAGAUCUCUUCACCUUCUUCCGCGAUGAGAAAGCUCCCGUGAUUGCUCCAUGGCGGAAUGCUCUCUAUUCAGAUGGUGGCUAUACCAUCUUGGGACAAGUACUUGCGCGUCUUGCGGGAAAAAAGACCAUCGCAGAGGCCAUGCAAGAGAUCUUGUUUGAUCCCCUAGGCAUGGAUAGCACGUCAACAAAGGCACCGAAGGGCGCAGACCUCAACGUCGCCGAUCGCUCCACCAUUGACAAAAAGUCCGCAUGGGGCUUUGAUGCCCAGAUUGUAGCAUCGAGUGGCGGCGUUUACACCAACGCUGCCGACCUUCGCACCAUGGGCCUUGCUAUUCUAAACUCCGAGAUCCUCACUCAGGCUACAACAUCCGAAUGGAUGAAACCCCGCAGUGGAACAGGCAGCUUGGUUGAGCUUGUCGGCGCACCAUGGGAAAUCUCACGCCUGGAGAUCCCCGUAACCCCAGGCUCCAACCGCACCCGCAUCUCAGAUCUCUACACCAAAGCUGGCGGAAACGGCGACUACACUGCAAUCCUUGGACUGUCACCCGACCACGGCAUCGGCUUUUCCAUCUUGAUCGCCGGUUCCACAGCCACGCCAGCCCGUUGGCCACUACGCCGCAUCCUUGGCGAAACAUUCAUCCCUGCCGCAGAAAUCGCAGUGGCUGAGAAUGCCAAGCGCAACCUUGCCGGCACCUUUGUGGACAAGCGCACGCCGAACACGAACCUCACCUUGACUGUUGACAAAGGCCGUCCUGGUCUUGGCCUUAAAUCAGUGUGGGUCAACGGCACCAGCUACAGCGCCCCACACCAGCGGCUCUACCCAGCAGGUCUGAGCUCCAUUUCCACGUCUCUCUCUUCCUUGUAUAGGACGAAGGGUACUUUAAGCCUUGCACACCGCGCCGCAGCACCAGAGCCACCUAUGAAGCCCCGUGCUGCCGUUGAAGGUGGCCAGGGUGGUUUGUUCGAUAAUUCUUUCACCUGGAUGAACCUUGACUUUGCAGGUCCAUAUGAUGAGUUUAUCCUUGACUUGGUCGAUGGAAGACUCGUCAGCGUUCAGUUCCCGAUAACCGGAGCUGUCUUUAAACGGGUUCAUUAA